AAUGAUAACAUUUAGUCUGGUGAGUAUCUCCUCUGAAUAAAGAUCGUGCUGUGAAAAAAAUAGCGUCAAGAUGAAAAAUUUCAAUCUCUAUACUCCCAAAUUAUAUGCUACAUCGCUUGAACUUAGAUGCAAAUCCAUUCAAGCCCUUUUAACACAACAUGCUGAUAAGCUUCAAUGGCGUGGAGGUGAACGCAUUAUGGACAUCGGUUGUGGUCUUGGUGACAUAGUGCGGCGGGUCAUCCUCCCUAUGCUACCUCCAGACUACACAAAGCUUGUCUGUGUUGAUGCUUCAACAGUGAUGCUAAAUGAAGCUCAAAAUGAAUUAAAAAGUUUCAGAAACAUCGAAUUUCUAGAGAUGGACUUCGAGGCAGAUCUAAAUGAGUCCUUAACCGGCUCAUUUGACAGGAUCUUCUCAACCCUUUGCUUCAUGUAUUUGGCGGAUCAACGAAAGGCCUUUGAAAAUGUUUUCAAUCUUCUCGCACCCGGAGGCGAUUGCUUCAUCAUGUUUCUGUCCACUGGAAUAAUCUUCGAAACUUUCUUUCAACUUGCUGAAACUCCCAAAUGGAAGGAACAACUCAAGCAUCUUCGUGAAAUCUAUGUCUUCCCUUAUCGCGAAGAUCCUGAUCCUGAGAGAACUCUCACAAAUCUUCUAACAUCAAUCGGAUUCAAGGAUGUUUUUGUGAAGAAAGAAGACUUCUUUCAUUUAUAUCCAAAUGUUGAAAAACUUACAGAGAAUAUCAAAACAAUGUUGGACUUUCCGAACAGUAUGACGAAUAAGGAACGUGAGGAACUUCUUGAAGAUCAAAUUAAGACAGCAAUAUCCUUUAAUGUUGUGGAAGGAUGCAGAGACGAAAGCAAGCCGCUCCUGAGGCCUCGCCAUGAAACAUUAACCGUUUACGCAAAAAGACCUUAAGCCUUAAUUUUAACAGGAAAUUCCAAUAAACUUUGUUUAUGCGUUGUAAUUUGAUUUGUGAGCUUUUCUAUUAGAAGACGAAAAGUUUAUUUUUUAAGGCAUUAAAUUAAUGGAUUAACUCUGGAAGAUCGAGGUUUCUAACUUCAAAAUUUUAACCUUCAUCGAAAUGUUAAAAAUCAUCAAAAAAUAUUAUAUUUAGCCUAAAAUUCAGUCUGACUCAAGAAAUCUUAACUUUUCUUAAGAAAUCUCAAGUUUUUCUCAAGAAAUCUCAAGUUUUUCUUAAGAAAUCUCAAUUUCUUAAUAAAUCUCAAGUUUUUCUUAAGUAAACUUAAGAAAUCUUAAGAAUUCUUAAGAUAUCUUAAGAUAUCUUAAGACUGUCUGAAUGGUGAAUUUCACCCAUGUACUUUGUAAUCAUAAAAAAAAAAAAACACAGAAUUUGUUGUUCCAGAAAAACGGUCAGAAAGAUCUGUAAAGAGCCCUGGAAAAGCAAUUUUCCUUCAAAAUCCGAUUAAAGAAAGAUUAAAGUCUUAUAA